CGUGCUCUCGCAGGGCCAUCGCCAUGUCGGUGUCACACAGCUCCAGGCUGAACAAGCUGGUGCGGGAGCAGUACGUGAGGCUGCCCCAGGAUGGGUUGGUGCAGGUCACCUACGUCUGGAUUGACGGCAGCGGUGAGGGCGUGCGCUGCAAGAGCAGGACCCUCGACAAGGAGCCCAAGAGCAUCGAAGAUGUCCCUGAGUGGAAUUUUGAUGGCUCCAGCACGGCGCAGGCAGAGGGCUCCAACAGUGACAUGUUCCUGGUGCCUGUCCGCAUGUUCAGGGACCCUUUUUGCCUGGACCCCAACAAGCUGGUGCUCUGUGAAGUGUUGAAGUACAACAGGAAACCUGCAGAGACCAACCUGAGACACACGUGCAAGAAAGUCAUGGACUUGGUUAAGGACAGCCACCCCUGGUUUGGGAUGGAGCAGGAGUACACACUGCUGGGUGUCAACGGCCACCCCUACGGCUGGCCUGACAACGGCUUCCCUGGCCCGCAGGGCCCCUAUUACUGUGGGGUUGGAGCAGAUAAGGUGUACGGGCGUGAUAUCGUGGAGUCCCACUACAAGGCAUGCCUCUACGCAGGAGUGAAGAUCUGUGGUACCAAUGCAGAGGUGAUGCCCUCCCAGUGGGAAUUCCAGGUGGGCCCAUGUGAAGGCAUCGAGAUGGGGGAUCACCUCUGGAUGGCUCGGUUCAUUCUCCACCGUGUCUGUGAGGACUUUGGGGUUGUGGCCACUCUGGACCCCAAACCGAUGACUGGUAACUGGAAUGGCGCUGGGUGUCACACCAACUACAGCACUGAGGAGAUGCGGAAAGAAGGGGGUCUCAAACACAUUGAAGCUGCAAUUGAGAAGCUGAGCAAGCGGCACGACUACCACAUCUGUGUCUAUGACCCGCGGGGUGGCAGGGACAACUCCCGGCGGCUCACCGGCCACCAUGAGACGUCCAACAUCUUUGAGUUCUCCGCCGGCGUGGCCAACCGAGGUGCCAGCAUCCGCAUCCCACGCCAGGUCGGCCAAGACGGCUACGGCUACUUCGAGGAUCGGCGGCCGGCAGCCAACUGCGACCCGUACGCGGUCACUGAGGCCAUCAUGAGGACAACGGUGCUCAACGAGACUGGGGUGGAGACCAAGAACUAUGCUGACCACUGAGGCUGUGGGGUGGGUGGGGGUUUUCAUUUCUACACUAGCUUCUCACGUGGGAUUUGUGCCUGUGUGGUGUCCUCGGCUGCAAGCUCGGACUCUUUAGGAACCUUGCUUCUGGUUUUGUGAAACGUUGCCUUAGAAAUAUAUAUAUUUUAUAAGUCAGAGGGAGAGGCCCAACAUAUUUUCUCAACCACUUUUUUUCUGGUUCCUGGUUUUAGGUUAUACGUGGGGAGUUUUUUUAAAACUUGGAUUGAAUAUUUUCCCGAUGGACUUUACACUGUGAUGUACAUAGAUCCCUAUGUGGAAGCUGCAGCUGCUGCUGUUAGCACCUGGGGAGGGUGGGUGCUUUUUUUUUUUCCACAUCUCUAUUGCAAGGAAAUGCUAAUAAAUAAUUUUCCUGGCUGCGUGGCAGCUGGGUUAUGCUGUGGUGGAUGCAUUUUUCUGUAGCUUCUAGAGGUCCAGUGGUAUUUAAUUUGGCUCUUGCUGAUGGAUUGCAGUCACUGGGCAGCCUGCAGUGGCCUGAGCAGGGGCUGGAGGAGUAGAGAUGCUGGAGGAUCCUUGGGGCAGGUGCUGGAGCUGCCUUGCCCCAUUUGCCAGCAGCUGAAAGGCCAUCUCCUUCCAUCGUGAUCCCCCGAAAAGCAAAUAGAGCAGCAUGGGCUGAGCAAACAGUGGCCGGGGCAGCAGCUGGCGGGCGUUUACACAGGGUGUGUGCUGCUGAGUCAGCAAAGCUGGCCCAGCGCUGGGCACAGCGAGCAGCAGCCCUCCUCUCUAGGGGCGCCUUGGGUGAGGGAGGGGAGCCUGGGGACAUCCCCCUGCUGCACCCCUGGGUUAUGCCUUGCCAAGCCGCAGGGACACGGUACAGCUCCUUGGGUUGGAGUCUCUUUACAAGGUG